AUGGCUUUCUGGAGUUAUAUGAGAACGUUUGGUUUGUUUCUAUUGUUGUGGCUUGUAAAUUUGGGAGGCCGAGGUGCGGUUGUGGCAUACUCGUCACAAAAUGCAACUGCACUAGCGUUCACCUCAUGUUUGAGUGGAAACGGUAUCGAAAACGUGACGUUCAAAAGCUCUUCUUCAUCAAGCAACUAUUACACGCUCCUCGAAUUCUCUCUGCAGAAUCUGCGCUAUGCGAAAGAAAGCGUGCCAAAGCCAUACGCUUUGAUUGUUCCGGAGAGCAGAGACCAACUGCACAAGUCAGUGCAGUGCUCCAUACAACACGGCUGGCAGAUCGUGAUGCGCAGUGGAGGGCACAGCUAUGAGGGUCUCUCCUCUAAUUCUCAGGCUCCCAAUUUCGUCAUCAUCGAUGUCAUGAAAUUGGAAAGAGUUGAGGUGGAUAUGAAAUCCAAGACGGCUUGGGUGGAGUCCGGUGCAACUUUAGGCCAGCUCUACUCCGCCAUUGCAAACAAGACUUCGCUCUACGGUUUCCCUGCGGGAGUCUGCGCGACAGUAGGCGUGGGCGGGACUUUGAGUGGAGGUGGGCUUGGGUUACUCGCAAGGAAAUAUGGCGUCUCGGCAGACCACGUUAUAGAUGCCCUGCUUGUGGACGCCAAUGGCAAAUUGGUGGACAGAAAGGGGAUGGGAGAAGAUGUGUUCUGGGCUCUCCGAGGCGGCGGUGGAGGGAGCUGGGGCGUGGUUGUGGCGUGGCAGAUAAGGCUUGUCAAAGUGCCUCCCGUAAUCACUGUGUUUAAUGUCAACAGGACGGGAAAUGAUAACGUGACAGAGCUUGUAGAACGAUGGCAAUCUGUUGAACCGUUUGCCCCCGAGGAUCUCUAUAUCCGUGUCUUUGUGUUCGGAGGCAGUCCUGUUAGCCUUACCUUCAAUGGAAUGUAUUUGGGUCCUCUACCUCAACUCCUCAAACUUGUGAAUGAGAUCUUUCCUGAGAUGGGUCUGGUCGCCGCCGAUUGUAACGAGACAGACUGGAUCGGCUCGGUCAUCUCGACUGCUGUGGCCAACGGAUAG